ACACAAUAAUUUCAAUAUAAAUAAGUCUUGUUUGGAGACGUUAUUUGGGACUUACAAAGAAGUAAAACUCAAGUGUCACAUUCAAAUAUACGUCAAUAAUUCAAUCGGAAAAACUUUUUUCAAAACAAAAUAUAGGAUAAAUCAAAAAUGGAUGGGUGUAAAGGAGAAUGUACAGGGAUAAUCAAGGUUCCAUUCGAAUGUAAAUCUGAUGAUAUCAGUGUAAAAGAACCGGCAGUGAGUGACGAGGAAAGUGAACGCAGGUCUGUUAGUUCUCUUAAAACGAGCGAGGAUAAGGAGGUUCCGGUCAGGGAAGGGUUACUUAAAAGAAUUCGGAAGAGAUUAUUGGAGUUCAGAAGACGUAUUAAAGAAAAGAAAAUCGGCAAGAAAAAAAAACCAAAGCCCGUGAAGGCGAUUAAAAAAGAAAAAAUUAAGAAACAAAAGGAAACAGUGAAAACUAUUAAUCCCGAGGAGUUUACAGGGGAUAGGAAGUGGUUGUGGGAAGAGUUUCAAGUGGACAUCGGAGUCCCUCGGCGGUCGGACACGAAACCAUCGGCAGCGCUAUGUGACGUCCGAUACAAGAGAUUUAUUAGGUUCGUCCCAGAAUCAUAUUUUUAUAAUGAACCGAAAAAAGCAGACGCUGUGUUUCUGUCAUCUAAGACCCCGAUAAAGAAAUGUUUGUGUCCUAUUAGAGAAUGUUUUUGUAUCGACAAUUUUAUGCAGAAAAAGAAGCGUGUCCCUGGUUGUUGUAGAAUUAAUCUAUACGGAUAUAUAGACAUACCGCGUCUGCAUCUGUUCGACCUAUGUUCCAAAAGACCGAAAAUUAAACCUUACAUAGAAAAACUAGAAGCAACGGUGGACAGUUUGAGACCGCCUAUGGGACUUCGUAGCAUGGGGAAGGUGAAUAAAGAAUUUUGCAUAACGAAAUGCAGGAAAUGCCUGGCGAAAUCCGGGUUCCAGCAUUUUCAAUAUGUACCUACUUUUCCUAAAACUCAUAAAACUAUUGAUGACGAGAAAAGCAGUCAGCAUCAAAAGGACGUGGUGGACGAUAAAAAAACAAAUGGAGAGAAGAAAAAUAGAAGAAAGGUGAGUCAAUUGAAACAGCUUAAAGAACCUACAAAGCUAGAACCAAAAGAAAAACAAAAAGAAGAUCAAAUCGAAAACCAAAAAGAAGUAUCAAACGAAGAACAAAAGGCAGAACAAAAGGAAGAACCAAAAAUUCGUCGAGCAGAAAACCAAACAGGAGAUCAAAAGAAAAAAACGAAUAAACAAAUACAAGAGGAACAAAAGGAGGGACAACAGAAAGAACAAAAAGAAGGUCUAACGGAAAAUCAACAGGAAGAAGCAAACAAAACACUAAAAGAACAAAAGAAAAAGGAAGUAAACGAAGAAAAGACGGACGAACGAGAGGAGUUAGAAAAGGAGGGAGACAAGGAAGAAAAUAUAGAACAAAAGGAAGAAAGUGAGAUCAAAAAUGAUGAGGAAAGAAAAGAAGAUAAAAUUAGGGAAAAGAGUGAAGGAAGGAGGAAAUUAAACUGCAAUUCGUAUUCCUGCACGGUUUCGACUCAGACGGAAUUUGGACCGAAUGGCGAAUUAGACGUAAUAAAAUUCUCACAUUUAUUAUUUGCAAGCGUAGAAAAAAUUAUUUUGCCCGAUAUAACUGGAAAAAAGCUGUUCCUAUCUCAAUGCAAAUACGUCCCCGAUUGUUCCACUGUCGAUUCUGACGUGACGCUCAUAAACAUGGAUAAACUGCUGGAUAUAAACGAAAUCAAAUGUCGUCUAUCCAAAUUAGUAUCUUCGAUCUUUGAACUUCAAGAUCUACCGAGGAAAUUGAACAGAACCAAGAUUCCCAAGAUUCGCUUUGGCUCAUUUAUGGGUUGUGACAACGAGACCUGCCCAAAAACCCAACACUCGGAUAAAAGCACAGUAAAAAAUAACCAUAUUAAUUAUGAUAGGAACAUAUCAGAAAUAAUAAGAGGAAAAGGGAUUGUUUAUGAGAAUAAAAUGAAUGAAUGCGAAAACCCUAACUGUAAUGAGCUUCAACCCAGUGAUGCUUGUGAAAAAAAAGCAUGUGUUGUGGAAGUUAAUAAAGUAAGCGACGCUAAUGUUAAUACACUACCGGGAAGCGAUGUUAUACCAUGCAGUGAUAUUAGUGAUGGAAAAUGUAAAAACAAAAUUAGCAAGGCAAGUGAAAGAAAUGAAAAUAGCUCACAAGAAAUCCGCGGAAAUGUGGAGAACAGUGACAAUAACCAUGAGAAAAUAUCCAGCCUCGACAUGUUAAAUGAAGCGAAAGAAAAUAAUCCGCAAGAAGGUUUUACAAAAACAAAGGUAAUAAUAGUUAAACUACCUCCGGAAGAUAAAGUCUCCGUCCAAAAGAUUACAAAUACAGGUGACUUUAAACUAAACAUUUGCCCAAACGAAGAUGCAAAAUCUCAGAUUAGGUUUAUAAAAGAAAUGACCGCAAAUAAUGAUGACGAUACACUGAAUGAUAACACUAAGACAUCAGACGACAAGCAACAAGCUGCUAUCAGGCGACGAUCAGCUGCUAUCAGAAAUGAUAAUGAAACAGGUUCACUAAAGGAACCUGACCGAGAUCAAGGCUUCGAAAGUCGAAAAGAUUCAAAAACAUCGAAAGAUAAAAACGACUCCAUGGAGAAGGUUUUACCCAAAAAGGGAACGUAUACUUUUUCUUCGACAUACAGAUGGCUCAUGGACAAAAUAUUUCCGUCCGAUCAAAUAGAAAAGAAAUUAUCUUCCAAGUGUUCCGCAAACGACUCCAAGCUAAAACUAAGGAAAUCAGGAACGAGCGAAAGAGAAGUUUUUUCAAUGAGAUACACCAGCACUGCCAGCAUACAGAAGAGCUCGAGUGCGGGAAACAAUUAGGUCUUUUGAAUUUUGAU